GCAGCUUCUCAACCACUUGUCCUUGAACUAGCCAACAAUUCUUGCAGACUUCUCUCUCAAUGGGUUGGGAAUCUUUGAGAUCCAAAGCGACUGCGUUUAUGAUUCUUGUUUUCUGCUUCAUUCCUCUCACUAGCUGUCUGUGUGAUAAAUACUUAUAUGCUUUUGCUGUUUGGUGAGAGAAUGAGAGAGAUUAAAAUGGUGUGAUGAGUUGUGGAGAGAGAAAGGCUUCUAGUGCUGAGGCUUGAUUAUCAUGAUAUGCUUUCCCCUUUUGCAAAUUUUUGAGGAUUUUGUGUUGAGGCGAAGCUGAUAAUGAAUAAAAGUGAUGAAGAUAUUGAUUUAAGGCUUGCUUUGGGUUCUACAAAUUACAGUGUAGAGACGAGGUUGGAUAGCAGCGUGUGCGUAGGUGCAGGUGUAAAUGCAAACUCACGCGUGGGCAUGCCAUUUACAGCAUCUGAUCCUCUAUCCGAAUUAGUUUGGUCGCCAAAUAAUGGUUUGUCCAUGAAAUGUGCUAUUCCAGGCUUGGCCAAUAACAGACCUUUUCUGGCUUUGAGAGAGAGCGCAGACGAGAUUUUAACAUCACAGGAUAUUAGAGUGGUUAGUGCUGGGGAGAAGUUGACAAUGCUCGAUGAGGCUGGGAGUUCUGGCGACAAGGCUGUUGUAUUUAGUUCUAGCUACGAUGGGAGCAAGGGUUUAAUUGAUAAAGCUAUCACUACUGAUGCUAUUCAACAACACAAAGGUCAUGUCCAUAUUGCUGAAACCAGCAAAAUGAAUGCCGAGGUUCAUACUCUAGCGGAUGCAGAACACGAUAGGAAAUCAGACAAGGCUAUAAACUGGAAGUUCCCUAGUAAUCUUGUUAGAGGAGGACACUUCAAUCAUAAAGGUAAAAUUGAAAUGGAUGCUUGUACAAGUGUUGUUAUCGGCUCAGCUGUCCCUAUACGUUUUCAACCUCCAACAGCCAAAAUAUCCGAAGCUGUAGUUUGCUCUCUUCCGAACUUGCAAGCACAUGAUCAGAUAGAUGAUGAAGUCACAUCAGCCGUGGACAAGACUAAAACUGAUGCAUCCCCUUCGAUCAUCCCUGCGCCCACUUUGAUGAACGUGGAGUCAUCUGACGAAAAUGACUUGGGUGGCCAUCUGAUUGCAAAAGAGGCUCAGAGUUUACAAGAGAUGGAGCUUCCAAGAGAGGAUCCUCUUGCUGUUGACAUAGCUCCUACAAGUAGCAGGAUUUUCUUGUACCGAGAAAAGGGAAAAGAGAAAGAGAGAGAAAAAGCCUUAUCUGAUGGAUAUAUUUAUGGAAGAUCGUCAAAUAAUAAGGAAGACAGCCACGAGACUGUGGGGAGUUGUAAUAGUGCUGGAUUGUUCCCAAAAGGCAUGAAGAGACAGCAUUAUGAUCAAGGGCAGGAAAUAGAAAGCAAAAGGGUUAAAACGUGUGUCGAAGAAAAACCUGGUUCGACAUCCUUCAUAAAAGCUGAUAGCUCCUUUGUGAGAUGGAUAUCAAACAUGGUUAAUGGUCUCUCAGAUUCUAAUAAACAAGAGUCUUCUUCUCUCCUCGCUCUCACCCUAGCUCGUUCUAAUAAUGUUUGCAGUCACAAUCACCAGGAGAGUUUCGUGUGCAACAAAACAACUGAGUUCGCGAAACCAAGGACAGGGUUCCAAAAUGUGUUUCAGUCCUUGUACUGCCAAACCAACAAGACACUGAUCUCUGGAGCAGACAAGGAUAACCAGCUCAUAGCAGAAUCUGACGAGCUUAUGGUUUCUGAUACAAAGUUAGCUGACAAAACUCCACAGUCGUGCAACAGAAACAAUGAUAGCUCUUGCAAGCAGAUUAUUAUUUCUGAUCAAGAAUCCAACCCACAGGUAUCUACGAGGCCAGUUAAACCGUGGAUAUUUUCAGCAGGUUUUCUUAAUAGAAAUUCUUCUGAAAAGAGCUUGGCAGAAAGUAGUAGGAAAAUGGUCGAGGGAAAGUCUUCUGCUUCGUUGUGUAAAAAGGCGGAGAAGAUGGAUCUCGACAUCCCUUUUCCAGUGAAUUGUGUUCCUGAAAAAAGUAGACCUCUUCCUAGUUUGUGGAUUACGCGCCUUUAUACUAGAACUGCUCCGUUUGAAAACUUCAACCGUAUAAAUGAUGAAGCCCUCGACUGCAACUCUGAACGCCUUGAGGCUAAUCAUGAGAGUUGGGAAAAUGAUGUUUCCUCCAGUGGUAAGAAAACUUCUGAGGCUAGGGAUGAUUGUGCUCGAGAUCAGGCUCGUGCUUCAGAAUCCGCUGAUCCCAAGUUUGGUCAUGGACAGAGCCAUAUACAACCUUUCAAGGAAUCGACAAAUUCAGAGGAAAUGGCAUCAGUGUUUGCCAAGCGGCUUGAUGCCCUCAGAAACAUUAUACACCCUUCAGGAAGGAGAAGCCCUCCAACAUCCCCACUUACAUGUUUCUUUUGUGGCAACAGUGGCCAUGAUAUACGUAAAUGCCCGGAGUUAACUGAAUCUGACCUGGAGAAUCUCCUUGUCAACAUCAGCUCAUUUAAUAGGGUGGAUGAAUCCCCUACUUUGUGCAUUAAAUGCUUUCAGCUUGAUCAUUGGGCAAUUUCAUGCCCCUCGGCAUCCUCACAAGAUAAUAGACGAUUGAAUCAGAAUGCUGUCACUGUCCAGCAACAAACUACUUGUUAUCCGCAGCCUUUUGCUAGUGAGGUAGGCUGCAGCGCGAAACCAGCUGUUGCCUCUUUUCCUAUCUUUCUGACUUCGAACAUGAAAGAAAGGUCGAGCAAAAGACUUUCUACUUCAAAUGAGCUCCAAAAGAGUACUCUAUCGAAUUCAGGCAACCAUCUAAAGGACAAACAAAUACUUCCACCAUGUAAGAUUUCCAACACUCAACAGGAGGAGAUGUUUCAUGUAAUAAGGAGAUUGCGCUUGUCUCGUGCUGAUAUUCUCAGAUGGAUGGAUUCUGAUGUCUCCUUGUCACAUUUAAACGGUUUUUUCUUGCGUUUGCGCCUCGCAAAGUUGGAAGGGGGACUAGAAGGGACUGGCUAUUAUGUUGCUUGUAUUUCAGGAGACUCAAUAGAGAACAUUGGUUGCAAGUCCAACAAGUCUGUGUUGGUAGAUGUUGGAGGGCUGAAAUCAUCAGUUGGGAGUCAGUACAUCUCCAAUCAAGAUUUUCUGGAGGAAGAGAUUGAAGGUUGGUGGAGCAGAAUAGUAAAAACUGGUGGCAAGAUCCCUUCUUUAGAUGAGUUGAAGUCAAAAUUCGGAACUAGAGAAUGUCUAGGUCUUUAACUACAAGCACACACUUACACAUACUACACUAUUUCUUUAAGAAUUUUUUGACAAGUAAAUAGCAUUUACUUAGAUUUGCUUUAAGUGAAGCACUUUUGUUGUAAGAAAAUGAAAUUUUUUGUGUCUAUAUUGCUGGGAAUCAUUACUUUGUUUGCUGGCAAUAGUGCUUGUAAGCCUCAUUGAGGAAUUUUAGCUUUAUUUGCAACUUGGUAGAUCACAGAAUGCAGAAUCA